GGUGACCAACAAUAAAGUUGCUCAUUAACUGAGGGCUCGUCGUCUUGUGCCAUUUGUAAACAAGGGGUCACGAUAGACGAGUUACCUCUCGAGCAGAUGUGAGCUGAGUGCCAGGAAGGCUCGGAGGCUGUUGGUAUGGAUGGUGACAGCUCCACAACAGAUGCUUCUCAGUUAGGAAUUGCUGGAGAUUACAUUGGUGGCAGUCACUAUGUGAUACAGCCUCAUGAUGACACAGAAGACAGUAUGAAUGAUCAUGAAGAUACAAAUGGCUCAAAAGAGAGUUUUAGAGAACAAGAUAUAUAUCUUCCAAUCGCCAAUGUGGCAAGGAUAAUGAAAAAUGCCAUACCCCAAACAGGAAAGAUCGCUAAGGAUGCAAAAGAAUGUGUACAAGAGUGUGUAAGUGAAUUUAUCAGCUUUAUAACAUCAGAAGCAAGUGAGAGGUGUCACCAAGAGAAAAGAAAGACCAUCAAUGGAGAGGAUAUUCUCUUCGCCAUGUCUACCUUGGGUUUUGAUAGCUAUGUUGAACCUUUGAAGUUAUACCUCCAAAAAUUCAGAGAGGCAAUGAAAGGAGAAAAGGGAAUUGGGGGAACAGUUACAACUGCAGACGGUCUAAGUGAGGAGCUCACAGAAGAAGCAUUUACUAACCAGUUGCCAGCAGGCUUAAUAACCACAGAUGGCCAACAGCAGAAUGUUAUGGUCUACACAACAUCAUAUCAACAGAUCUCUGGUGUUCAACAAAUUCAGUUCUCAUGAUUUUGAAGAAAACUUUCCAUCUGGGAACAUGAGACGGAAAACCUGUGCAACUCUAACGAAGAGGCAGUUUUAAUGACUGGUGAAGAGAUUUAUCUCUUUGUAUAUUAAAUAGCUGUAAUGUAGCUACCAGAAGCUUGACUAAUUGAGGUGUGAGUUCGAGUUCUGACUCAAAUCUUUUUCAUGAUGAUUUUAAAGAAAUAAUUGGAUUUUAAAGGUAUUAAAGUAUUUUUGUUUUGUACAAGAGUUUGUUGUUCUGUAUAACUCCUGUAUGCAUUGUAUAUUGCAAUUUAUUACUGUCAGAGAUUUGUAGACAGUUUCUUAUUUUCAUAUUGAAUCAUGUUACUUUUGUAAUUCAGGUAAACAGCUGGGUUAAUUCAUGUUUACCCUUUGAAUAAAAUUGUAAGGGUAAAGUUCAUUUUUGAAUGCAAGUUGCCUUUAUUAUAAAGAUUGAGUUAGUCUUGGUUAUGUAACUUGUCUUGCAUGACAACCUCAACUAACUUUACAUGUCAGCUUAUUUAUUGAAAUUUUGAAAGGGACUUUUUCCUCAUGAAACUAGCAGCUCAAGAGAAUUGCUACAAUUGUUUUUUCUAAUGUAACUUCUGAUUAAAGGUUAAUCAAAACCAAUGAAUGCUCUACUACAUUUAGAGGUUUAGAGCUUAUCAACAGUGUUAAUGAAAGCACUGACUGUGCGAUGCAGGUUUUAUGUUUUUUCUUUUUUUUUUCAGUUGCAUUAACUCCUUAGACUUAUUUUGAUACUUUUAAGGUAGUCUUUCUGCUAUUGAAAUAACUCUUCCUUUUUAUGUAUGGCUUUUAGAAUCCCAAACUUAGAAAUCCAAGGGUAGGGGGGGAUUUUAUAGUCCUUGUUGCAAAAGAUCUCAUUUUAACUUUUUACUGAAAUGUUUUAAUGUUUCUUGUGAGCCUGUGGGAACUCAAAAUUGGUAGUGUGUUUUUGUGUCCAGGCUGCGUGGUGUGUGUGUGUGUGUGUGCACGAGUGGCUGACAGCUGAACAAAUGAUACAAAUAUGAAAUGGAAGACAGAGACGUCACGUUUGCUGUCUCUUUCCUGGUUUUGCAAUAAACUCUACCUAGAUAAUGUAGUUCUGUAUAUUUAGUGAGCUGUUCUUGGUAACAUUGCUGUUUCUUUAAUAAUUGGGUGGGUAAUUUUGUUGCCAUGUCUUAGCCUAUUAGGGUAGGGGUGGGGGUUUUAGUAAUAUCUUUCUCAGACUGAAUUUGGGACCUUUGGUAUUUUUACUGUUUGCAGUAGACUGAAAUGUAAUAUAUUAAUUAUCUUUCUACAUACCUGUUAUUAAUUUGAGCAAACCACACCUUGAAAUUGUUGCCAUAUGAUUUCUUGUUGGUUUUGUCUUUUCUUAAAAAAGAAAAGUAACAGUUCAAUAUUGGGAAAUUAGCAUAACCUAAGAUAUCCCAGAAGCCUGGGAUAGGCAGUUCUUUCAACAAAAACUUUUUGUGCAGAUUUGAGCAGUGUUUCUUGCCAGUCAGCAUCCUGCUGGCAGAGCCUCUGGAGGCGAUCCAGUGUAUUCUGGGCAGUCUGCGUGGAUGUGCUGGGCUUUGUGGCAGCCUGUCGUUCUUCAGCAGCUAUGACUGAACAAAUGGAGUUUGUCAUUAAAUGUAAAACUGAAUAACACAAACCCUUCACGAGCCCCUUCUGUUUGUAUUCAAUUUAUUUCAGGCCAGCAUAGCCUGUUCUUGCUGUUCCCAGAUUUGCAAUGGAAAAAAGCUGUGAUACCAGCUAAGGGAGAAGCUAGGAAAGAUUUGGCAUUUUAAUGUAUAGAAAGCAGAUUGAGGUGAUCCCACACGCUUGCUUGAAACAAGCAACAUUUUUCAGGCUCCCCUCUCUGCUGUGACUUUAGGUUAAAGUGUGUAAAGUUUGUGGUUUAUUCAUGUGAGCAAUGAAGCUGAUGCUUUUUCUUUUUUCUUUCUUCUCCUCUCACACUCUGAGGGCCAGGGACAAAACUGCAACAAACUUCUCAUUCUCUUCCUGAAACUACAGCAGUAAAAGUAAUAGUACAACACUUUGUUCCAUGUCUCUCUGAAACCAUUCUCCUAAUAAAAGUUUGCAGGGUACUGUAGCCAUGGUACACCAAAUAAAACAAAUGUGGUCUGAAGAAA